AUGUUAGUGUCCAAUAGUGGAAGUGCCCAGUACAGGAGACAGAGAAACACUAAAGAAAUGUUGCGACUUCUAGUCCUCGCACUAGUGUGUAUGGUUGAUGCCAAAGUACUGAAGUUUGAACCCGAUCGUAACCAUGAGAAUGCAGUUAUCAAAAUGGAAGCACCCUACAAAAAGCCAGAUUUCUGCAACGGUCUUGACUGUCCAAGUUUCAAAGUCAUUGAAACGACUAAGGAUUAUGAAUUGCGAGAGUAUGCAAUGAGCAACUGGGUGACAACACAGCUAAGUGGAAUAGACUACUCACAGGCCCAAUACACAAUGUUUAUGAGAUUGUUCAACUACAUUCAAGGCAAUAAUGUUAAAAAGAUGAAGAUUGCAAUGACAUGCCCAGUAAUAGUCCGUAUCAUCCCAGGCCAGGGGCCAGCAUGUGAGGAUAACUUCACAAUGUCAUUCUUUGUGCCCCCUUCAAUGGCCAAUCCUCCAAAGCCAACAGAUCCCACAGUUGAGCUUACCAGUAUGAGAUCCAUGAGAGUCUAUGUCAGAGGUUUUGGAGGAUUUGCAACACUUCAAAAGUACCAAGAUGAGGCUCUUGCACUGGGAAAGGCAAUUAAUGAUCAAUCGAAAUAUGUCACAGAUCAUUGGUUCACAGGGGGUUAUGAUGCCCCAUUUAAACUAUUCAACCGCCAUAAUGAAAUCUGGUUCUUGGCCAAAUAG